UGAGAAGGCUGGACGACCACAGGACUGGGAUGACUACAAGUCCAGCAAAAGAGCAGUGGUUGCCUUUCUUUCACAUGGCCAAGUAAGUAAUCCCCUCACUAAAGCCGCCUACACAUGAUCCGUAGCAAAACCGUGAGGUAGGGCGCAGAGAGGCAAAGCGCAGCGCAGGAACGUUCUGGAAUUGGUUGUGCUUUGAAAGGUCAAAGUUUAAAUAAUUUGAAUUUUGAGUGUACAACGGCAAUUCCGAGCAGUGUGUGACCCCAAGGAUAGCAUUGUGCCUAGCUGGCCCCACUCUCUCCACAGGAAAACAAUGGAACGGCCAGCGUAGAGCAGUUUUGCCGUGGCGUACUACAGAAGUACCAGCAGGGACAUAAAGCAGUGAUAAGUUAUCUCUACACAUGUGGAUUAUAUUUAUUACAGAAACCUUCUUGAAUAUUAUUCCAUUGUUUAUCAUUCUGUCAUUGGAGGCCAAACUCAACAAAAAAGCUACCAACAGAGCAAUACUGUAUAGCUGUGUUCAACAUUACUCACUGUUUUGUCUGUUUUAGCAGGGAGGCAGCUGAGAAUGGAUGUCAACCAACCUAUCAUCUCAGGCAGACCCGCACCACAGCAGACCACUGGACCACGGACGUCAACCAACCUAUCAUCUCAGGCAGACCCAGCACCACAGCAGACCACUGGACCAUGGACGUCAACCAACCUAUCAUCUCAGGCAGACCAACCACCACAGCAGAUCACUGGACCACGGACGUCAACCAACCUAUCAUCUCAGGCAGACCCGCACCACAGCAGACCACUGGACCACGGACGUCAACCAACCUACAUCUCAGCAGACCCGCACCACAGCAGAACGGCCACGGACGUCACCAACCUUAUCUCAGCGACCAGCAACCACAGCAGACCACUGGACCACGGACGUCAACCAACCUAUCAUCUCAGGCAGACCCAGCACCACAGCAGACCACUGGAACACGGACGUCAACCAACCUAUCAUCUCAGGCAGACCCAGCACCACAGCAGACCACUGGACCACGGACGUCAACCAACCUAUCAUCUCAGGCAGACCCACCACCACAGCAGACCACUGGACCACGGACGUCAACAAACCUAUCAUCUCAGGCAGACCCAGCACCACAGCAGACCACUGGACCACUCUCAGCACCCUGCUUGCUUCCAGGCACCAAUUACGAGCUGAAGACCCAUUGAAGACUACUACGAGCUCCUGCCUGACCAGCACAGAGGAAGUUGUCACCAUCUGCU